AUGUUUAUCACCAGGGGACGUCCUUUUAAGGGAAUGUCCCUUUACACAACAGUUAUUAUUGCUGUUGUCCUUCUUCUCUCCUUGACAAUGACAGCAGAGGCCGCAUCCAUGUCUAUAUUCAAGACUAUUGCCGCAUCAUACCAGCAGGGGGAUCUCAUACCAAUUAUGGUCAGUCCACUAACAUCAAAAACGAAAGUAAUGCCAAUGCCGUGGAAGUCAUUAAAGAGAUGUUUACAACGGGAUGAACGUAAGAAACGUCGACGUAAUAUUGGUCAACUUUUAUUUGGGGAUCAACUGGAGGAAUCUGGAUAUGAGGUGAAUGUGUUGGAGAAUAAAACCUGUGUUCAACUUUGUACGGUAACAAUGAAAAAAGAAGAUCAAAGAUAUUUGGUUAAACUUAUUGAAGGUCGCUACCGUGGAAACAUGUAUGUUGACGAUUUGCCUGGACUGGAGAAUAUCGUUCUAUCUAAAGGCAAUCGACGCGUAAGAACUGGAUUUCGCUUGGGUAUACCUUCCAGUUUAUCCAAUCAGAAUAUUCCAUUAGUGAAUAAUCAUCUUAUUUUUACGAUUUCAUAUCAUCCUGUGGAUUCACCUUUUGAUUUGGAAGGAAAAACGUACCGUAUUGUACAAUUCCAAAUUGCUACUGCAAGUAUUAAACAUGGAGACAACGUCUGUGCAACAAAUAAUCUUUUGUCUGGUUCACCACAGAGCGCAUUAGAUGAACAGAUAACGUACACGUACAGUGUGCAAUGGUUAGAGUCUGAUCUCACCUGGUCUACACGAUGGGAUGUAUUUAUGAAAAUGACGGGUAAAGAGUCCCAAAUUCACUGGUUCAGUAUUGUAAACUUCUUCUUUGUGACCUUAUUACAAACGGCAGCUUUAUGGUAUGUAUUGAUUCGUGCUCUUCAUCGUGAUAUCUCCUACUAUAAUGAACCUGAUAUUGAAGAAAAGGAAGAGACUGGAUGGAAACUUGUACACGGUGAUGUCUUUCGCCGUCCACGCGGUGUUGGUUUACUUUCUAUUUGUGUUGGCACCGGUGUACAAUUGGCAAUGAUGGUUGGAUCUACAUUGUUUGUGGCUUGUAUGGGGUUUGUCUCUCCACAGAGUCGUGGGGUGUUAGCAACUACAUUGGUAUUCGUAUUUGUGCUUUUCAGCUUUCUCAAUGGUCUCGUGACGGCAAUGCUGACAAAGUAUUUUAAGAUGCGAUCAUGGAAGAUCAUUAUCGCCACCAGUCUCUUCUAUCCUGCACAGAUGUUCUUUGUUUACUUUGUGCUGAACUUUAUUCACCUUGGAAACCACGCCGCGAGUACGGCUUCUCUCUCUGCACUUAUUAUUCUACUGUUACUAUGGCAAGGAGUCUCCACUCCGCUGGUAGUGAUUGGGGCGGCUGUGGGAUUCAGUCUUAAUAUUGCGGUUCCCGUUAAAGUAAACAACAUUCCCCGCACCAUUCCUCCAUCGCCGUGGUAUUUGGAGUCUCCGUUGAUAAUUCUUCUACCGGGACUUGUGCCCUUCGCCGCCUCACAUGUGGAGAUCACAUAUAUUUUCAGCAGUGUUUGGCAUGGCACGGUGUAUUAUAUGUUUGGUUUUCUCACAGCUGUGUAUGUUCUUUCUAUGAUUAUUGCGGCCCAGACGGCUGUGUUCUCCACCUAUAUUCAACUCAAUCGACUUAAUUAUCACUGGUGGUGGCGUUCUUUCUUAACUUCAGCCUCUUAUGGUGUUUGGAUAUUUGCAUACAGUGUAUUUUACUAUUUCCGUUACUCUACACUAAAGGGAUUUAUGAGCGCUAUGUUAUUCUUUGGCUAUAUGGGAAUGGCUGCGUAUACUUUAUGUAUUCUCAGUGGGGCUAUUGGCUUUAUCGCCUCUUUUAUCUUUGUGAACAUCAUCUACAGUAAUGUGAAGGUGGACUAG